GGGGUUUAGAGAGUAUUGUAUUGAAUAUCUUUACCUACCUACAUGAUCUUUAACUUGAGUUUUUGAUCUUUGAGAGAUCUUUACUUGUAAUCCUCUUCUUGUGCUAUUAGUGAGUGAUCUUGGGGAUGUGUUGAUUCCUUCAAGAGUGAUCUGAAGAGAGGAUCUUUGGGGUUAAAGUAUAAAGGGGUGAGAUUUGAGAGAAACCCUUCUUCUUGUAAAGGAUUGAGUGGCUCCUUUAAGCCACCAUUGUUUUUGCUAGUGGAGAGUGUGGAGGAAAUCCUUGGUGAGUGAAGCCAAGGUAGAGGACUAGGUUCAAAGUGGUUGGACCGAACCUCUAUAAAAUCAUUGUGCAAUCUCUUCUUCUUAACUCUCUCUUUAAUUUUUGUUUGGUGGUUGCAAAGAGGCGAAAAUUCUCCAACUCCAAUUCACCCCCCCUCUUGGAGUUUGUUGAGUUUGCUUCAUGUUGCGUCAAGUGGUAUCAGAGUGGGAAUGCAUAAUCCUGGUAUCAUAGUCGACAGGUCUGGAGGAAAUCAUCCCGAUGUCGCUGGAGAAAGGAUGAAGACGACUGCAGAUUUGGAGCGUAGAUUUGAAGGGCGACUCAUAGAGAUAGAAAGAAGUCUUGACAAGGUCCGCGCAAGUUUGUGCACUCUUGCAGUGAAUCUCAAUAGGAGGCUGGAGGUAGCAAGGGAUGCUGACCGAGAUGUUGCUCGAGAGUGCCUUGUUGAUCAGCACCAUCCUAUUAAUUGGAGGUUACAUGCUUAUGACGAUUUGAGUGAUGAUGAUGUUGAUGUAGCCCAACUGGUGGUGAACCGUGGGAACCUAAGGAACAUCAGGGGACGUGGACAAGGUUAUGUCGGAGGGUUCAAAGGUGGCUACGGAGGAGGAUAUCGAGAGAAUUACUAUGAACCAAAAGACUUUCAUCUGAAAGUCAACCUUCCUACUUUCGAUGGUUUUCUUGAUAUUGAGGAAUUUUUAGACUGGUUGUCAGAAGUAGAUCGGUUUUUUGAUUACAUGGACACUCUAGAAGAGAAGAAAGUGGAGUUUGUAGCCCAUCGGUUAAAGGGAGGUGUUGCCCUAUGUUGGGAUAAGCAAGUCUCUAGAUACCUUGAAGGGUUGCAACCAACAUUAAAAGAGAAAAUUAGUGUCCAGGUUAUACGAAGUGUGUCUAAAGCUCAAAACUUAGCUCACAAAGCUGAGGUAACGACAAAGGAGCAUCGGGGAAAAGGGGUUGAAUUUUAUCGAAAAGGUUAUAGCACUUCUAGCUUAAAGUUCGAAGAUGACCUCACCCACCCUACACAAAGUAAGCCGACAAUAGACAAGCCAGCAGUGAGGAACCAAGCAAGAAAGCAACGAAAGAGGCUGAAGCUUAUAAGAUUGAGUGAUUGUCCUCUUUGUAAAAAGGUGGCUUUGAUUGAGCAAGGAGAGGAUUUUAAUGAAGUUCUCUAUGACCCAAAUGAUGAUGGAAACUAUGAGGAAGAUGAACACGGGCAAACUUAUGUGAUCAAGUUUGGAGAUGAAAUAAAGGUGACAGAGCGGUGCAAAGUUCCAUUUUCCAUUGGCAAGUAUCGAGAUGAGUUUGGAAGGGAGAACGUUUAUCAUUUAAUCAAGGAAGCGGUAUGCUACACUUUGCUGCCUUUGUCAAGGAAACCAAAAGCAAAAUCUACACCACCAAACGCAGACAAAACAUUCUUGACAGUGGUUAAUCCAGGGAAAGAAUUUCUGGAGGAGUGCAAAGAGGCCAAGGAGGUUCACGUUUUGCUGGUGAAAGAGUUACUAAACCAAGCUGGGAAAGGAGAGCUUCCUAAGGAGCUGCAUGAGGCUAAGGUGUUCACCAAGCUUGACCUUCGAAGUGGCUACCACCAAAUUUGUAUUAGACCAGGAAAUGAGUGGAAGACAACUUUUAAGACUCGAGAUGGGUUGUACGAGUGGCUAGUGAUGCCAUUUGGCUUAAGCAAUGCUCUAACUCUUAUUACUGAGUGUAUGAAGAAAGGGAAGUUUAGGUGGGGAAUUGAAGAAGAAAGAAGCUUUGUGUUGCUUAAAGAAAAGCUUUACACAGCACCAAUCUUGGCUUUACCGGACUUUGGAAAGCUAUUUGAAGUGGAGUGUGAUGCUUUUGAAGUGGGCAUUGGGGUAGUACUUUUCCAAGAGAAGAGGCCUGCAGCUUAUUUUAGUGAGAAACUCAAUGACUCUAGGCGGCAAUGGACAACAUAUGAUAAGGAGUUUUAUGUUAUUGUGAGAGCCUUAAAGAUUUGGGAACAUUAUCUAAUUGGCAAAGAGUUUGUUCUAUACUCCGACCACCAAGCAUUGAGAUACUUGAAUAGCCAGAAGAGACUUAGCAGUGACUUACAUGCCCACUGGUCCUCUUUCUUGCAAAAAUUCCCUUUCAAGCUUAUUCAUAAAUUCGGUUCUCAAAAUCGAGUGGCGAAUGCUUUGAGUCGAAGGUCGAUGGUACUUGCAAUCUUGCAAAGUUUUCCAAAGUGGUGCAUUUUAUUCCUUGUAAGAAGACAGCGGAUGCCACAAAUGUUGCUAGACUCUUUUUCCGAGAGUGUAAUGCAUAGUGCUACAAGGAGAUCUCCAUUUUCCAUAGUAUACCAAAAAGUGCCUAAUCAUGCUAUAGACUUAGUGAAGUUGCUAGAAGUGAGGGGCAUUAGCACUGCAACAGCAAACUUGGCUAAGCAAAGCCAAGAAGUUCAAGCUGAGGUCAAAGCCAAGCUUGAGGUGACAAAUAGCAAGUAUAAGCAGGCAGCUAAUGUGCAUCAAAAGGACAAGGCAUUUGCAGUAGGGGAUAUGCUAAUGGUCUUUUUGAGGAAGGAAUGCUAUCCAGUAGUUACCUAUAAUACGCUGCUGCCACGCAAGUAUGGUCCUUAUAAGAUCCUCAAGAAAAUUAACAACAAUGCUUAUGUGGUAGACUUACUAGCAUCAAUGGAUAUUUCUUGAACUUUUAAUGUUGCUGAUAUGUUCCCCUACUUUGAUUCAAGUGAAUCACUUUAUCCUAUGGAUGUUGAUGGCAACUCAAGGUCAAGUUUUGUUCCAAGAAGGGGAGACUGACGUGGACAAGAGGCCAAGCCCAGUAGGAGCAGCUUGACUUUUAUAUUUAGACUAUUUAAUAGUUUAAAAUUCCUUUCUAGUUUAGAAGUUCUUUCUUUAUUUGGAGUUAUAGUUUAGAUUUUCCUUUUUAAUUUGGGAAUUGCCUUAAACUAUUUAAGACCUUUGUAAGGCUAUAGCCGGAGGACAUUAUUUUUUAGAUUUAUUGGAUUUCUCUUUCCUAAGAGUUUGUCUCUUGUUGAACUUUCUUUGAGCCUAACAUGUUUAGGUUUAUUGAGUUUGCUUCACGUUGCGUUGCAAAUGGACCUGUCCAUCAAGAUCUUAGCUUUCUUAGAUGAAGAUGCAAACGAGAAUCAUAAAGAUGCACUUUUUGAUUUGGCUCAAAAUUCUUCCUUAGGAUUUGCUUGUCAUGAGCUGCUUUUGGUUUAGCCUUGUAGAUCCUAGCGUUAUCAUUUGCAUCGUUCCUCAAUUCUUCUAUCUUUGAGAUUUGUAAUUUUCUUUAGGUACCGGUAUUCAAAUCAAAAUUAAGUGCUUUA